CGCGCCGCAUCAGAGCAGAGCAAACUUUCUUCUUCCAGCCGGCCGGCGGGGAGGAAACAGGUGCCGGGAGAGAAGGACAAGAAAGAAGAGUCCUGGGGUGGGAGUGAGCCUCUAGCCUCGCCCGGCAGCGAAGGGUUAAAAGCAGGGCGCCCUCUGUCGGAAACGCAAGGGGAGAGAGGAAGCCUUUGAUCAAUGAAGGUUUUGUGCCGCCAGAAAGGAGGCUUAUGGGGCCACAACCAAGACGAGCCCGACAGGCGAGGACGCCUCUGCCUUCCCGAGCCGCCUCCUCCUCCUCCUGAGCCAGGACAGUGGUUUCUGCGGUUACCCAGAAGGUGGUAGACGUUGGAGCAGCAGACAUUUGGACGUUGCAGACCAGGCAGCUGGGGAGAUUUCUACUCCACGUUGCUUCUUGACAUCUUUCUGGAGAACUGCAAUCCAGGCUGGAACCAUGGAUACUACCAGGGAUCCCCGCAUGAAGGACACCCCUCGUGUCAGUGACUAUGUCAACUAUGACAUCAUCAUCAAACAUUACAAUUUCACUGGGAAGCUAAAUGAGAAUGCUGAUACUGAGAUCAAAGUCUCUUCAGUAGUGUUCAUCCUCAUUUGUUGCUUCAUCAUCCUAGAGAACAUAUUUGUUCUGUUGACUAUCUGGAAAACCAAGAAGUUCCACAGACCCAUGUAUUACUUCAUUGGAAACUUGGCACUCUCUGACUUGCUGGCUGGGGUGGCUUAUACAGCCAACAUCUUACUGUCUGGGCACAAGACCUAUACCCUCACCCCUGUCCAGUGGUUUCUUAGGGAGGGGAGCAUGUUUGUGGCAUUGUCUGCUUCGGUGUUCAGCCUCUUGGCCAUUGCCAUUGAGAGAUAUAUUACAAUGCUGAAGAUGAAACUCCACAAUGGCAGCAAUAGUUUUCGCUGCUUCCUGCUGAUCAGCGCCUGUUGGGUUGUCUCUGUGAUUUUAGGAGGUCUUCCUAUUAUGGGCUGGAACUGCAUUGGCAGCCUAAAGAGAUGUUCCACAGUGCUGCCCCUCUACCACAAGCAUUACAUCCUCUUCUGCACCACCGUGUUCACUGGCCUCUUGUUGUCCAUUGUGGUUCUUUACUGCAGAAUCUACAUCUUGGUAAGGACACGGAGUCGCAGGCUGACUUUCCGGAAGAAUGCUGCCAAAGCCACCCGGAGCUCAGAGAAAUCUCUGGCUCUGCUGAAGACUGUGAUCAUUGUUUUGAGCGUAUUCAUCAUCUGCUGGUCUCCUUUGUUCAUCCUUCUCUUGCUGGAUGUGAGAUGCGAAGUUAGGUCUUGUCCAAUACUCCUCAAAACCGAAUACUUCAUCGUCUUGGCAGUUCUCAACUCGGCAACCAACCCGAUCAUCUACACCCUAACCAACAAGGAGAUGCGGAGGGCCUUCAUCAAGAUUAUGUGGUGCUGCAAGUGCCCCACCACGGACACUGGCACCAAAUUCAAGAGACCAAUCAUUGGAGGGAUAGAGUUCAGCCGAAGUCGGUCUGACAAUUCCUCUCAUCCCCAGAAAGAUGAGGGUGACUCUCCAGAAACUAUUGUGUCUUCGGGUAACGUCACCUCAUCGUCUUAGGAGUUUCUUUGUUUUUGUUGUUGCAAAAAAGAGGCGGUGGAUCCUUUGAGGGCUGACACAUGGGGGGAACGGCUCUGCUCACUUGUUUCCAGCCAGAAGGAGGACAGCCAGGGGAGAAAAGAUUGGUCUGAAGUGGGGACAUCUUACCCUUCUAGGGGCAGUUGAUGGUAUAAACUGGAUUAUGGUAUAUGAAAAAACAAUGUCCUCCCUGGAAGCUUGUGAGUUGACUUUGCAGCUAAUGGGAACAUGAAUACCCUCGGUAACUGAGAAACUGAACCUUUAGUAGUCCAGCAUCUGUUGUGUGAGUGUGUGCUGAGAAACGAGGAAUAAUAUCUUCAAGCAUUUUUUGCCUCCUAUGACAAAUGUGAAUCCCUGAAACAAAGAUCUUACUGUUCUUAAGUGACAAUCCUCCCAAUUUACUAUAUGCUAAUUUUUGGGUAAAUAGAGGUGAGCACUUGAGGAUAUUUGCCUCAAGAACUGUCAAGAUGGCAAAAUAUACCUUGGUGCUUAAUCUUCUACUGAGAGUGGGAAUUGGAUGCAGAAGGCCUCAAUGGCUUAAUCUAAGGAGCAUAACCUGCUGUUCCCUUUUGUUAAAUCUCCCUGAAUUAGUGGAGCUGUGUCUAAAUUGAGAGAACCAGGGUGGUGUAGUGGUUUGGGCAUUGGACAAUGACUCUGGAGGCCAGGUUUCAAGUUCCUGCUCAGCUGUGGAAACCUCCUGGGUGACGUGGUUGACCUCAUUCUCUCAUUUUCAAGGGAAGGCAAAGGCUGAACAAGUCUUGCCAAGAAGCACCCCCUAUUAGGUUUGCUUUUAGGUUGCCAUAAUUGUAAAAUGAUUUGAAGGCGCGCAACAACAUACUUGAGUUAGUUUGGGGCGGUUAAGAUUUUAAUAGAAAUAUCAUCUGAAUCUUGAAAUAUCAAUUGGGAAAAUGUACUACUCCGAAUAAGAAGAUGCAUUUGUUAUUAAUAAUUUCUGCAGCACCUCAGUAUGCAAGGUGUUUUAAGUCACCAUCAGUUGGCUUAGUUCAGUGGUUCUCAACCUAUGGGUGCCCAGAUGUUUUUGGCCUUCAACUUCCAGAAAUCCCAGCCAGUUUACCAGCAGUUAGGAUUUCUGGGAGUUGAAGGCCAAAACAUCUGGGGACCCACAGAUUGAGAACCACUGCCUUAGUCUCAUGGUAAGGCUGAGAUGACGCUCAGACAUUUGGAAUUUUUAAUGGGAUGAACCAAGCCGGGAGAUGGGGCCUCCAGGCUGAAAUCUAUAGUUUGUUUGUAUUGUAUUGCACCACACUCCAGAGUAUUUGAUAAGCCAGAAUAUUUGUAAUUUUGAGAAGAUGUUUAUAGUUUUGUCAUUGUCCACUGAAGGUCUUCUUUGUAUCAAUUGAAUGUAAUUUGUUACGGUAUCAAUCGCUAUACUGUGUGUACAUAUAUAUUUUUCCGCACCCGAAUUUAUUGGGCUGAAUGUGUACAGCGUAUGGAGAUGUUAACAAGCAUAACAACAGUCAUGCACCGAAAAUGCAACUCUUUGUUCUUCUCCAUCUUAUAAUCCCAUUUUUCAUCCCAACCUGCAUUGUGGGAUCCAGUUUAAAUUAGCUUUUGGAAAGGUUUUGUUUUCCUCUCUUUUCUUCCUGGAAAGGGCCAUUAAAUUUUGCAAGAUUGUUACGUUUGUAACAGUUGUGUAGGAGAGGUGAGUUACCAUAGAAAGGGUAGAGGAUUUAGGAGAAGCUGACUCUUUAGAAUUGUGAUAUGGCAGCAUGCCCUCUGACUCUAUACCUUUCUGGAGAAUUUGGGAGUUGCAUGCAAAAGAACUAACUCCCCAAAUGUAUGUUCCUGAAGUCACCUCUGGUAUACAACUUCUACCCACAGAAGACUUCAUUUUCUUUGGGAAGAGGCCAUUGCUCACUGGAAGAGCACAUUUUUACACAGAAGUUUCCAGAGCUAAGGAAUAGAAAAAGGCAAUAGUGUCUUUCAUUGGUCUGUCCCACCUCAGUCCACCCCUAGUCACUUAGAGCAUAAUUGUGGCAAUAACAUGCCGAACUGUUGAAAUCAGAUUAAUGUACAAAUAUUGGUUGAAUUUAUACUUUUUUUUAUAAGACUGACCUUUUAGUAUUAUUUCCAGUGCAAUUUUUUAAAAAAGUAAUAGUAUUUAAAAUGUUUCUGACUUUGUACUAUUUGCACAUAGUGACCUCUAAAUAUUAAUAAACUGGGGGUUUUGUACAAA